CAACAAGGACAACACGAACAAAUCUUUCUCCGCUCCGUUUUGAAAAAGAAUAAAUUUGAGCUGCUGGUCCAAGCAGCUGCUGCAUAGUACACGGUCACGAUGGCCUCCUCGUCGAACGGAAGUGGAAAUCUGGUGGAUGAGCUCGAGGAAGCAUUUCAGUCAUGCAUACACGCACUCACCAAGGAAGAAUCGGCUACCGGGAUCGACAAAGAUGAAAUCAAGGUGGAAGUCGAUCAGACGACGCUCAAGUUUAUUGAUCUGGCCCGCCAGAUGGAAGCCUUCUUUCUGCAGAAACGUUUCCUGCUCUCGGCAUUGAAACCAGAUCUGCUGCUGAAGGAGGAAAACUUCGACCUCAAGCAAGAGAUUGCACGUAAAGACGAGCUGAUAAGAAAACACUAUGAGAAAAUUGAAACCUGGAAACAACUACUAUCGGAUCAGCAAAACUUCAACAAACCCAUACAAUCGCUACCACCCGACAUGCGGGGGAAUCUUGCUGGCGGUGCGCCUGGCGGUGCACCGGGCGCAAUAAUGCCGGGCGGUGGCAUGGGUCUUCCGAUGCAGAACAUGUCCCAGGUGCAACAGAUGCAGAAUCAGCAUCAACAGCAGCAACAGAUGCAGCAAUUGCAGGCACAGCAGCAACAGAUGCAACAGCAAAUGCAGCAAUCUUUACCAAUGGGUGCCGGUAACGCACAGCUCUUCCAGCAGGGUGGUGUACCACGGGGUGUAGGACAAGGUGGAGGCCCCGGUCCCGGGUUUCCACCGGGAGCAGGGCCUAAUCUUCAGGGGCCGCUGGCUUAUCUGGAGAAAACGGCUAGCAAUAUAGAUCUAGUGGGCAUGGGCGAUGGUCGAAGGUGACGCGGGCGGGGCAGGGGUCGUGGUAGAGGUCGUGGCCGUGGAAGAGGUCGGGGUCGUGGGGCCGUUUCAGCUGAGUUUCACGGUGGUCCCCUAACCUGAGGCUGGGAAGCGGGGUGGAAGUCACCCCUGCGGCAGGCGUUACCCAGCUUAGCGCUCCACCUCGUUCUCUAUCGUUAUUGCAAGGUUACUAGGUAGACGGGUGCAGCCGGUAUAGCGGCCUCCAUUUGCAGAAGAGCGAAAGCCAUAGUCCAAUCAAGUGAAAUUCCAACCAGCAAGAGACUACAGUAAAAUGCAGUAAGAAGAAAGCUUUAUUGAAAAUUCUUUCGUGAAAUGAUCAUUCUUCGAGGUAGAACACCAUCAUCACCCUGCCACACUUGUCACGGUCCCCGUACAUUCGGUCACAUGCACACCCACAUAUAAAACCACACAAACACACACACAACGGACCCUUCUGCACGAACCUGGAACCUACUACUCGUUGUGUAUAACGCUUGCCCAUUUCCUUGUCCUGCAAUCGAGACUGCGGCAAGCAUCGAUCAACACUCGAUCCCCUUCCCCCAUCCAGCAUUGCUGAGUUUGCAUUUUUAUAUAUUAGGUUCUUCUUCUAACUCUUCUUCUUCUGCUUAUUAGUAUCUCUAACAAAUGUGUAAAUUGUUCUAAAGUCCGUAGAUGAAAAAAAGAAAUCGCGCAAACGUAAGGCACGUGCGCGGCGUCAACCACAGAACGCAACCGGUGAACGGUUUUACGGUUUCGCGAAUGUAAAAUGUGUGCUCGCUACUCCCGCUACCCUCGCGCUCUAGUUGCAGACUAUGAAGCUACGUAACGCGGACGGAUGCAUCCGCUAUUUUAUCUCCCAUUUUCCAUUUCAGCCUCUCUUUCAGGAUAUGUAUCGAGUAUCCGUCCCAUAGGUUACCUUCCUCCUUUAAGAAAGCCUUCUCUUUCCCUUGGCCCUCCUGGCUUUCGCUCUGAAAAGCGGGAAUGAGAGUUCGAACCAAGAGUGUACUGCUUUUAUCUAGGUGAAUGAACAAUUUUGGACGAAAGGAAAAGGUCAAUAAAUAUAUAUCGAUUGAGGCAGAAACAUCC